AUGCCACCGCAGAGCAACCUCCCCGACAGUCGAGACCUCAAUGCGACAUGGAAGUUCCUCGAGGAGGGCGUCGACCACAUCAUGACGCGCCUCAACGAGGGAAUGUCCUACAAGAAGUACAUGGAUCUCUACACGGUGUCGUACAACUACUGCACGUCGAGUAGGAUGAACUCGGGCGGGAUCAACGAGACGCUCGGAGUGAGCGGGAGCGCAGGCAGGAGCGGUGCGAACUUGAUGGGAGCCGACCUGUAUAAGCACCUGAAGGAGUACUUCAUCGAGCACCUUAAGGGCGUCCGUGCCGAAGCCGCCGACCUCUCCGACGAGCCUCUCCUGCGGUACUACACGCGCGAGUGGGACCGCUACACGACUGGAGCGAGCUACGUCAACAGGCUGUUCACGUACCUCAACCGGCACUGGGUCAAGCGGGAGAAGGACGAAGGAAGGAAGAACGUCUAUGUCGUCUACAUCCUCGCGCUCGUCAUGUGGAAGGAGCACUUCUACACGGCGCUGCAGCAACCCCCCGCGUCAGGCGGCAACAAGCUCACGGCCGCGGUGCUCAAGCUCAUCGAGAAGCAGAGGAAUGGCGAGACGAUCGAGACCGACUUGGUUAAGAAGGUGAUCGACUCGUUCGUCGCCCUCGGACUCGACGAGACCGACACGAACCGGCAGAACCUCGAAGUCUACCGCCAAGCGUUCGAAGCUCCCUUCCUCUCUGCGACCGACUCGUUCUACUCGGCCGAAUCGGAGCAGUACCUCGCAGCCAACAGCGUCACCGAGUACAUGAAGAAGGCCGAGUCGCGUCUCGGCGAGGAGGAGAGCCGCGUCGACUUGUACUUGCACGCGAGUACGAGGAAGGGGUUGGUGAGCAAGUGCGAGGAGGUGCUUGUCAAGAACCACGCCGAAAUCAUGCAGGAGGAAUUCCAGCGCCUCCUCGACCAGGAGCAAGAACCUGAUCUCCACCGCAUGUACCUCCUCCUCUCGCGCAUCCCGAACGGCCUCGACCCUCUCCGCGAGCGCUUCGAGCAGCACGUCAAGAAGGCCGGACUUGACUCGGUCGAGCGUGCGGUCGGCGCUGCGGCGGCUGCGCCUGCGGAUGGCGACGCAAAGGGCGCGGCGGCGGAGAAGAAGGAGUCGGCGGUCGAGCCGAAGGCGUAUGUCGACAGCUUGUUGGCGGUGCACAAGAAGAACAGCGAGUUGGUGGGGAAGGCGUUCAGGGGAGACCAGGGUUUCGUCGCUUCGCUCGACAGGGCCUGCCGCGAGUACGUCAAUCGCAACAAGGCGUGCUCGUCGCCGAACAAGUCGCCCGAGCUCCUCGCCAAGUACGCCGACUCGCUCCUGCGCAGGAGCAACAAGGCGUCCGAGGAUGCCGACAUCGAGCAGGCGCUGUCGGACACGAUGACCGUCUUCAAGUACAUCGAGGACAAGGACGUUUUCCAGAAGUUCUACUCAAAGAUGCUCGCGAACCGCCUCAUCAAGGACACGUCGGCCUCGGAGGACGCCGAGUCGAGUAUGAUCGGCAAGCUCAAGGACGCAUGCGGCUUCGAGUACACGUCCAAGCUCCAGCGCAUGUUCCAGGACAUGCAGCUGAACCGCGACUUCAACGCCGGCUUCAAGGAGAAGAUGCAGCAGACGCACGACGAGAGCGAGCUGUCGAUCGACUUCCAGUGCCUCGUCCUCGGCACGUCGUCCUGGCCGCUCGCCGCGCCGACCGCCAAGCUCAACCUGCCCGCAGAGCUGCUCAAGACCAAGGACCGCUUCGAGCACUAUUACAUGAACAAGCACUCGGGACGAAAGCUUACGUGGCUGUGGCAGCACAGCAGGAACGAACUCCGCACGCUCUACACGCCGCAAAAGUACUUCUUCGUCACCUCGACGCACCAGGCGUGCAUCCUCCUCCAGUUCAACUCGUCCGGCGACUCGCUCUCGCUGCAAGACCUCGUCACGGGUACCGGCCUGCCCGAAGACUCGCUCAAGCCGAUCCUCGCCCUCCUCGUCAAGCAGCGUGUGCUCGAGCUCAAGGACGGCAUGUACGAGCUCAACCUCGGCUUCAAGAGCAAGAAGAUCAGGGUUCCGCUCAACGUUCCCAUCAAGGCUGAGCAGAAGCAGGAGAGCGCAGACGUCAUGAAGCACGUUGACGAGGACCGCAAGAUCCUCAUCCAGGCCACGAUCGUCCGCAUCAUGAAGUCGCGCAAGACGCUCAAGCACCAGCAGCUCAUCGCCGAGACGAUCGACCAGCUCAAGGCGCGCUUCCAGCCUCGCGUGCCCGACAUCAAGAAGCAGAUCGACGUCCUGCUGGAUAAGGAGUACCUCGAGCGCGAGGAGGGCAGCAGGGACAACUACAGGUACCUCGCAUGA